CGCACAUCCUGCUGCACGUGUGUCAGAUCCAGUUCCCGACGAGCCUGGAGCAGAAUGAGUUCAGCGGGGGGGGGCUCGGCCCUGCGGGUCCACGCCGUGCGGCUCGGCCCGGGUCAGGAGCUGCUGGCGUCUCUGCAGGCGUUCGUGCAGGAGCGGCGACUGCGAGCGCCGUUCAUCAUCACCUGCGUGGGCAGCGUCACCACGGCAACGCUCCGGCUGGCCAACGCCACGGCGACAAACACAAAUGAGGUGAUCCAACUGAGCGGUCGCUACGAGAUCGUCUCCCUGGUCGGAACCGUGAACCCAGAGGCCCACCUGCACAUCUGCCUGUCGGACGCGGAGGGCCGGACUGUGGGGGGGCACGUGCUGGGGGGUCUGCAGGUGUUCACCACGGCCGAGGUGGUGGUCGGGGAGGCGCUGGACCUGCAGUUCACCAGAGAGAUGGACGAGCACACGGGUUUCCCCGAGCUCGUGGUGCAGCCGCGCUCAAGUGGAAGCAACGAGAGCUGAAGGAGGGAAACACAAGGCGAUUCCUUCUGUGAUUAAUAAUAAAUAAUAAAUAAACAA